CCGCGAAGCCAAGCUCGCCAUCGAGAGCACCCGGGAUCUGUGCACAAAAUGUUCUCCCGCUUCGCGUCGGCGUCGCGCCGGGCUGCCCGGCAUGCAAGGCAGCUCUCGACCGCUGCCGCGGGGGAUGGCAGCGGCUUCCUGAUCGCAGGCGGUGUCGGAGUGGCUGCCAUUGCCUGCAUGGCGCCUAGAGCUGACGAAGGCCACGCCGCAGCGCCCUCAAUCCAAGCCGACGAGGCCUCGAAGAAACUGCUCUCUGUACUCGCACAUGGCGAGGAGCUCGCGAAGAUCGCGAAGGUCAAGGCGACGAUGCCCGACAAUAUAGCCAUACAAAAAUUUGAUUUUGAGUACUUCGCGACGCUCGACCCGGCACAGCAGACGCGCCUCCUGAAAUGCCUGAAGACGGGCUGGGAGAACCCCGAUUCCGGAUUGGGGUGCUACGCCAUGGCGCCGAGUGAUUAUGAUGAGUUUGCCCCAUUUUUCGACGCCGUCUGCCAGGAGUACCACAAGGCUUCUGCUGAUGCCACUCAUGUCACGGACUGGGACGCGUCGGCUGUCGGAGACAAAGGAGUUCUGGAUGUGACCAAGCUCGGUCUCUCAGAACUGUCGAUGCGCGUGCGCGUCGGCCGAAACCUGACGCAGUUCAACCUGCCCGGCGCCAUGGAUAAAUCGGAGCGCAUCGCCUUCGAGAAGGCCAUGCUCAAGGCCUUCGACAAAUUGAAGAAGGACCCGGCCUACGGCGGCACGGUCUAUUCACUCUCCCCAGAUUUUGGGGACGGCGAGAAGAACCCCAACUUAAUUACGCCGGAGAAGUACGCGGAGCUCGUGAGGCGUCCGAGUCCCUUCCGACGCCAUCGGCGCGACGUCGUCUUCGAUCUACGCAGGUUAAGAAGCACGUCAUGUUCAAGGACAUGGCGGCGGACACGUACCUCGCGUCCGCGGGCAUCGCCGACGACUGGCCCUACGGGAGGGGGUGCUGGCAGUCUGAUGACAAGCAGUGCAUCGUGUGGUUUGGGGAAGAGGAUCAAUUGAGAAUCAUGUGCAUGAAGCGCGGCACGAAACUCAACGAGGUGUUCGACCGGCUCAAGACGAUGCUCGACACCAUCGAGUCGAUCGAUGGCAUCACCUUCGCGACGUCGUCGAAGUACGGCUACGUCACGUCCUGCCCCAGCAACCUGGGCACAGGUAUGCGCGCGUCAGUGCACGUCAAGAUCCCGAACCUCACGGCCGACGGCACGGAGACCAAAGCCAAGGCAGUAUGCAAACCGCUCGGCCUCUCGGUGCGCGGCACGGGCGGCGAGCACACGCCCAUCGGCGCCGACGGCACCGUGGACAUCUCCCCCUCGAAGCGCCUCUUCAUCAAGGAGCGCGACAUCAUCGCCAAGCUCUACUCGGGCAUCUCGGACUUGAUGGUCGAGGAGAAGAAGGCUCCCCGCCGGUGGCGCUAACAAUCGACCCGUCGCCGACGAUCCAUUCCAAAGACCAUACAUAUACCCGUCGUCGCGGCGUAACACAAAUCUAAACUUA